AUGGAUAUGAGAGUGAUAAAUAGAAUGGGAAGAAAAGCGUUGUGGAUCGGUAUUGCUAGCAUGUUGGUGCCUUUGCUAAUUGGCUUGUCAAUGCAAAUGAGAUUCAGUAGAUCAUGGCUAACAGAUGAAGAAGCGUUCACCCUUCCAGUUCUAACAACAAUACAUUGUAUGACUCCAUUUCCGGUUGUUGCUUACCUUCUGGAGCACCUCAAGAUCCUAAAUUCUGAGCUUGGUCAAUUAGCCCUAUCUUCAGCAUUGGUCAGCGACCUGUUUAGCAUGUUUCUUAUUCUUGUUUCCACAAUGACAUCUGCUAGCAAGGAGAAGAGUAUCUACCUCGCUUUUAUCGAUAUUGGAUCGAGCAUUCUCUAUAUUUUGAUCGUUACUUAUGCCUUAAGACCAGCAAUGUUUUGGGUUGUGCGCCAGACACCGAAAGGUAGGCCUGUCAAAGGCAUAUACAUUCUCGUCAUCGUGCUGAUAAUGUUUGGAUCCGGAUUGCUUUCUCAUUUAUAUCAGAUGUCCUUCUUCUUUGGACCAUUUGUUAUGGGUUUGGCAAUUCCAGAUGGACCUCCUUUGGGGUCAGCUCUUGUUCACAAAUUCCACAGCUUCACUGAAAAUGUGUUGCAUCCACUCUUUGUGACUACGUGCGGGAUGAGGACGGAUCUUCGCUUAAUCACCAAUUCCAUUGAAUACUUCAUGACACCCAAUGUUGCCAUAAUUGUUGCUACUUUUGUGGGCAAAAUGGUGGUGUGUUUUGUUCCUCACGUCUGCUAUAAAAUGCCCCUAAAGGAUGCUCUUGCACUCACUCUCGUUAUGUGUUCCAAAGGUGUUGUCCAGCUGUCCUUCUACGCUGCAUUCAGAGAUAACCUGCAGGUGGAAACCGUGACAGACCGAGAAUUCUCUAUGUCGACUAUUUCGAUCCUGUUGAAUGCAAUUAUUGUGCCAAUUUUGGUGAAACACAUCUACGAUCCUACAAGGAAAUAUGCAAGUUACCAAGAUCGAGAUAUUAUACAUUGCAGAAACGAUGGGGUUCUUCGAAUCCUAGUAUGCAUUCACAGACCUGAUAAUGUUGCUGCCAUAAUCAAACUACUAGAAGCUUCAAGCCCAUCUUCAGAAGGGCCCCUUAACAUUGAUGUGCUUCACCUCAUCGAACUGAUUGGCCGAGCAUUCCCAAUAUUUUUCUCCCACCAAAUGCAGAAAAAGAGUCUUCCCAAAGCUUCCUACUCAGAGAAUGUUGUUCUCGCUUUCAAUAACUUCGAACAUCAGUACAAGCCUUGUGCUCUAUCGGUAGACGUUUUCACAGCAAUCACUCCACCCAAGUUCAUGCACGAAGACAUAUGCAGCUUUGCAUUGGAAAGACUCACAUCCUUCAUAAUACUUCCCUUCCACAGAAAAUGGAACAUGGACGGGUCUUUGGAAUCGGAGGACAGUGCCAUAAGGACCUUCAAUUGCAGUGUCCUUGAACUGGCUCCCUGCUCCAUCGGGAUCCUGGUCGAUCGCGGCCAUUUAGGCGAGAGCUUAGUGGUUUCAGCAGAGUUGUCGCCAUCUUUUUCUGUUGGCAUGAUCUUCCUCGGAGGCAAUGAUGAUCGAGAGGCAUUAACUUUUGCCAAACGCAUGGCCAACAACUCCAGCAUCAGCCUCACUGUGAUUAACUUUGUUGCCCAAAGCAACGAGGAGAGUGGUGCUUCUGCUCCUCAUGCUUGGGACGAAAUGAUUGAUUCUGAAGUGCUGAGGGAUGUCAAACUUAACAAUGUAGGGAAAGAAUAUGUGAUAUUCAUGGAGGAGGUUGUGAAAGAUGGGCCUCAGACGGCUUUGAUGGUUCGUUCUAUGGUGGAGGACUACGACCUUAUUAUAGUUGGUAGACGAUACAACAUAAACUCCCCUCAGACUUCAGGGCUUGUGGAAUGGAGUGAGUUCCCAGAGUUGGGGAUAAUCGGAGACUUGCUCACCUCCACAGAUCUCGACAGUAAAGCUUCUGUUUUGGUGGUGCAACAACAACAAAAGAGGACUUAG